GGCCGUCUCGUACUCUCGUGAGAGUCGCCACUGCGCCAGGCCGCAAGCGAAGGAGCUCUCCAACAGCCACGACUCCAUCCCUCCGGCGGUCCCGCCGCCGCCGCCGCCAUCCCUCCCUCCCUCCGGCGGCCACAACCCUCGCCGCAGCCACAACCCUCGCCUUGUUGCGAGCUGUGACUCCGAAGCUGCCGGUCUCCGUCCACAUCGCGUCAUAAAUCCCUCUCCACCCCAUCCCCGACCUGGCACCUACCCCCCGCCAUUCCAAUCCCCCAAUCCGCCUGGUGCACAAGCCCCGAAUCCACCGUCGCAUUUGUUGGUUCGCGAGCUGCAGCUCCCGCUAGUGCGUUCCGUUUCCGAGGGGGCGGUCGGCUCUAGGGGCCUGCGUGUAUUUAGAUCCGGUCUCCUGCCUUGCGCUAGUGGGGGAGCGGAUUUAGGUGAACGAGCAUCUUGAUUUUUUUGGCCAAUCUUUUUGCUCUAACCCACCUCGUGGUGUUCGUCGUAUAAAUCUUUCCGUGGGGGGGUGGGAAGAGGAGACCAGGCCGACAAGAACCGCGGUUUCAAGGAUCCUCUCAGCAUAGAUUGGGUGGUUAGAUGUUUGGCUGUAUGAUUGGAGUCCUCACCUGAUGACAAAGUUGCAUCUGAACUGCAUUUGCCUCAGAGACAAUGAGUGAGUCUUUUCUUGAUAGGAUGGUUUCCCAACUUCGGUCGACAUGCAAGUUCUACACUGGAUAUCCCAAGGACCUAGGGCCAUCAAGAAUUAUACCAUUCACAUCUGAGCGUCAGUUUGUGCAGCUAUUGCAUGAAGGAAGGCCUGUCGUUGUUGCCUUUACUAUUAAGUGUACUUAUACACAGCAUCUUGAUAAAGUACUGGAAGAGGCUGCUGCCACAUUUUAUCCGCAUAUCAAGUUUGUCAGAGUCGAGUGCCCAAAGUAUCCAGGGUUCUGCCUUACAAGGCAAAAGAAUGAAUAUCCAUUUGUUGAAGUAUUUUACAACCCAGAACAGGCUGCAGGCCACGGAAAGAGCGUGGAUCCUAACAUCACUAAGUAUUCUGUAAAAGUGCUACCUUUCAACUAUGAUCAGAGCGUGUAUGGAUUUCGAGAAUAUUUCAAGAAGCAUGGUUUCAAGUACUCUGAAACAAACUAGGGAGUUAACAUGGAGGCAUUUGUUGUUUGGAGUUAAACCAUUAGACUCUACUGGUGUCCUGCCUAGUCCAAGGAAUACUUGUCAUGUACUCAUGUAUAUGGGGUACAGUCCAUGCCAAUAGCUUAGCACUGCCAUACCAAAUGUGCACUGACCUAUCGACCAUUGAAUUCGGUGAAUUGAACAUUUCCCCGACGACAACCAGGAAUGGGUAUCGCACCUCUUUUUCCGAUGUGGGUGUUCUGCUAUGGCAUGUUGCACUAUAGAAAUUCGAUGGUAUCUUGAUUUCUGUUGAUGUAUAGCUUGAGCUAGCAGUUUUUAAAGGGCAAAGUACCUGGGCAAAACUAUCGAAAAGACAAGUUGCUGUAUACGGAUCCGAUUGGGAUUCCUUCCUAGAAAAUACUUUAUUCAAUCAUAUCCUGAUUACUUUAUUUUA